AUGUCACAAUCUAAAGCAAGAGAUUCAACAACCGAUUCAGCAUGUCAUGUAUUAAAAGGUGCAAUUGUUAAAGUUUUAGGUACACCAAUAACAAUUUCAGUUGAAUGUAAUAAUAAAGUUAAAGGUAGAAUCUCUGUUGAAUAUGAACAUCCAGAGAAACCAAGUCAAGAACUUAUCAAUAAAAUUGAAGAAGAAGCAAAUUUAAUCAUUAAACAAAAUUUAGAAUUUAAAACUUUUAAAAUUGAUAAAAAAGAAGCUGAAUCAAAAUAUAAAUCAAAUUUAGUAAAUAAUACAUAUAUUUAUGAUAAAUUCCCAGUACCAGAAUCAGUUACAGAAUUAUCAUUAGUUGAAUUAGAAAAUUGGAAUAUAAAUUGUUGUCCAGCUGUUCAUUUAAAAACAACUGGUGAAAUUGGUGGAAUUAAGAUUGCAGGUAUUAAUCAUAGACCAGCAAAGAAAGAAUUGGAAUUUAGAUUUGAUAUUGUUGCUUCUGUUGUUUCAACAACAACAGCAAAACCAACUGGUAGAGGUGCUCCUAAAAAAGAUGCUGCAGUUGUUAAUGAAACAUCUUUUGAAGGUUCAAAUUUAAAAGAUACAAAUGUUCAAUAUCUUACUCAAAAAAUCAUUAAAUUAGUUUUAGAUUCAAAAGAUUCAAAAGAUAGUGAAAAAGAACAAACAACAUUAGAAAUUGAACAAUUAUUAACAAUUUUAAAAAAUACAUCAUAUACUAAUGGUUCACAAAGUGUCAUUAUUUCAAGAAAAUAG